AUGGCCCUUGCGACAGAGGACGGCUCUGGAGUCGCCGGCAUUGGCUGUGAAGAUGCGAUUGGGUUUUGGAUCCCUUCAAUUGUGCGACGAAGAUCCUCUAGACGAACUUGGAGACUUCCAGGCCUAUUUCCCAACAUUUUUACCUCCGUGGCCGUCGAAGACUCCGAAGAUGGAGUUUCCGCUCCGAUAUCCAAUUAUGAGAUGGCUGCAUCCUCCAUUGUUCGACGCCAGCCUAGCUUAAUAAUCCUCGCCUCUCUCGACGAUGAGUAUAUCAUCAAGUUCAAAGAGGCAUUCUACGACAACCUCUCAGGAUAUCUCUGCAUCGUCAUGGAAUUUGCCACCGGAGGUGAUCUCAUGCGCAUCAUCAACCAAAACCUAAAAGCGAGGACCAGGAUCAAAGAAACCGAUAUCUGGAAAGCUCUCGUCGAUAUCACCCGAGGAUUGAAGUCCCUCCAUGAUAAAAAGAUUCUGCAUCGGGACCUCAAAGCUGCAAACAUAUUCAUCAGUGCGGAUGGAACUUAUAAAUUGGGAGAUCUCAAUGUUUCAAAAGUGCUCAAAAAGGGACUCGCUUACACCCAAACAGGAACGCCGUACUAUGCCAGUCCUGAAGUCUGGCAAGAUCUUCCCUACGAUAUGAAAAGCGAUAUUUGGUCCUUGGGAUGCGUGAUAUACGAAAUGGCUGCCUUGUAA